UCGGGAUUUCACGCGUUGGUUCUGUUUGGUUAGCAACCACGCUGUAACUAUUGUAUGGGUGACUGUGUUGUUGGGAUACACACGACAGAUAAACUGAAGGGAUAGAAACACACAAUGGAGGGCCUGCCGUUUCUUCCAGGGAAUUCCUUCAGAGAUCCAACUCAAAAUAAGUUUCAUAGGAGCCAUUCUUUGAACUAUAAAAAUGGCUAUUCCAUCCCCACACUGCCAACCUCAGGUAUUGGUGGUCAACCCAUCAUGUACAACCAACUGAAUGAUCAAGAACUUGAUGAAUUAGCCAACUUCAAUCCAACUCUUACCUAUGGACAGGCCAAACAAGCUCCACCUGAGGAUUUUGUGCCAGCACAUAAAGCUUGGGACAAAAAGGUUCUGAGGUUUAAUGCUUACUUUAAGCAAACUGUACAUGAAUCACCAGCAGAAUAUUACAGAGUGAGACCAGUAGAUAUUUAUUAUUAUCUGGAAGAUGACAGCAUCUCUGUUGUGGAGCCUCAUGUUGAAAACAGUGGGAUGCCACAAGGAAAACUCAUCAAGAGACAGAGACUUCCAAAGAAUGACCAGGGAGACAACUGGCACUGGAAAGAUCUUAACAAUGGCACCAAUGCCACCUUCUAUGGAAAGGUUUUCCACAUUGUAAAUUGUGACAAAUUCACACAGGAUUUCCUUGAGAGUGAAGGAUUGGUUGUGAACCCCUCUGAGGAUAUGCCAUCAGACCCCUACAUUGAGAAGAGAAAGGAUGCAGCUGCUCUUCGAACAUACCAAACUCCAUCUGCUUUUGAUAAGACAAAGCAGUUCUUGGAAAUGGACCGAAAAGUGCUCCGAUUCUAUUGUGUUUGGGAUGAUAGAGAUAACAUGUUUGGUGAAAUGCGUCCAUAUGUCAUUCAUUAUUAUUUGGUGGAUGACACUCUGGAAGUCCGGGAAGUCCACACAGCCAAUGACGGAAGAGAUCCAUUCCCAGUCCUUAUUGGGAGACACAAGGUUCCCAAAAAUAGAUAUGAAGUAGAAUCCUCCUUCCCCGCAGUAGUGAUGGAGUUAUCAGAUAAUGAAAUCAAAGAAUAUUACACACCUAAAGACUUUAAAAUAGGAGCAACUGUUCCUAUCUAUGGGCGAAAAUUCCUCAUUUAUGAUUGUGAUAACUUUACAAAAGCCUUCUACUACCAUCACUUUGGACAGACAGAAUUCAAUUCCCUAGAUGUCAAAGAGAAAUUAAAGGAUUUGCCCAAAAUGGAAAUUCCUCCCUACAAUCACUUUGGCUCCCUGGAAGACUCCCUACAAUCCUGUUUGUCACUGAUACCACAGCCUCCCAAGAAGGACUUCAUCAAGAUGUUAGAGAAUGACCACAAAGUUCUUAGAUUUGAAGCUGUCAUGGAUUCUGUCAGACCAGAGGAUAAUGGAAGAAGGUUCAUCAUUUCCUACAGAUUGGCUGAUGACAUGAUGACAAUUUAUGAGCCUCCCGUCAGGAACUCAGGAAUCAUCGGAGGAAAAUUCCUGGAGAGAACCAGAGUGGCUAAGCCCAACUCUGCCCCCGAUCAGCCCACUUUCUAUGGUCCUCAGGACUUCUACAUUGGUGCUGUAAUUGAUGUUUUCAAACAUCGCUUUGUUAUCACAGGCGCUGAUGAAUAUGUGCUGAAAUACAUGGAGGACCACAAAUCUCAGUUCCCAGAGAGCACCAUCCAAACCCUAAGGGAUUACCUGGGUCAGUCCAGAGCUCAAAAAGAAAUGAUCAAAGGAGGGCCCAUGAAAGUUAGGAGAAGCGCAGGAGAUCUGGAUAUCUUAGUAAAACAAGUUCGAGCUCAACUGAAGAAAAUUGCCAUCACAGACAAAACGCGUGUUGAUGAAAUGUUCCUCAGAUACAACAAGGACCGUAGCGGGUACAUUGAUGCAGACAAUAUGAGAAAUCUAUGUCGUAGUUUACAAUUACCAGUUGAUGAUGAUGUCAUAGGAGCUCUUAUCGCACAGUGCACAUCUGAUCCUGAAGGAAAAAUCAGCUUAGAAGACUUCAGGCGAUUUGUAGAAAGUUCAUGAAGAGAUAACUGUUAAUUAACCCUAUUACUGUGAUAUGUGACUGUGGAAUCUUUCUUUCGUUGCAAUACAGAUAUGGAUUCUGUCCCAAAACCAAUCUUCAAUUUAUAUGUACAUACUGUUAGGAUAUUUUUACAGAUCAGGAUUUAAAAUGUACACUUGUCUUGCUACACCAAGGAAGAACCAGAAAGUUGAGGCAUUUACUGUUUUUAACCAUUUAUUUGUUACCAAAAUGACAGUCACCAAAAGGGGAGACAAAACCUAUUUCUCUCAUCAUAUAAAAUAAUUGUAAAAUAUUGAUGUGAAUAUUAAAUUAUUAAAAAUUGAAAAAUUA